AAUGUUACCACAUUUUUGCAGUAGAUAUGGGGUUGGGAGAUGAACAUGGAAAAGAUGGUGGGACAUAUAUGCUGUCAAAAAUGAGGAAAAGAAUGCGUGGCCGAGAGGGAAAAUCUGGGAGAAAAAAACCGAGAAAGAAAGAUUUAGAUUACAGCGUGAUACCCGCUCCGGAUGCUGCAACUCCGCAAUGGCGUAAAAAAUUAAGUACUCUGAUUCACUCGACUCCGGUAAAACACGCCCCUGAAAUGGAUGGGAUAAUGAACAUUUCAGCAAUUUCAGACGACGGGGUAGUCGAGGACAUAAUAGAACCAAAAACCGAGGAGACCACAAUAAUUGAUGAGUUUCAGGAUAUUUCAACUCAAAAUCCCUCGCAAUAUUCACAUAAAAAGAAUGUCAUAUCUUAUCCGUGGGAAGCUCCGGAGUUGGACUUCCUUGCACGUGGUGGGCCGAGAGAAGCUCUUUGUGAAUGUCUUGAAAACGGAUGUUUUCUUGUGGAUGAAGUCAUUGAGCGGGCUAUAAAAUGUAUAGUCUCUGAUUCCCAAAAUACGCAACGAUCAAUAAGAAAAGUCAUGUUCUGUGAAUCAUUCAUAUACACCUGCUCCCGGAAAAAUACAACCACUCAGAUUGCUUCGUUUUUGUGCAACAAUGAUGCUCUAAAUAAUGACUUAUUUUUGAUGCUCGUGAAUACGCCAAGUCAUUGGCUCCUUGUGCUUGUCGAUAUACAAAUCAAGUCGAUUUCAAUCAUAAACUCUAUGCUUGAAAUCGUUGGAAGAAACGUAGCUCUUUCAGUCUUCACUAACAUUUUUCGAGUUGUUAGAGCAAGUUUUUCAAUAGCAAAUAUUGCAUUCGACCCAAAACAAUGGAAAUUCUACAAUUGUAUGGAUGUUCCUCAGCAAAAAAAUGGCUUUGAUUGUGAAGUACAUGUCGUUUUAAACACAUAUUGUAUUGUGAACGAGCUUCCUUUAGUAACGACCAUCCAAUCUUCACAAUCCAGGGAAUGGAUACGACGACUGGUAAAUGGCGAGCAGCCAGAAGAAGCUACAGUAAAAGAACGUUCGAAAAUUCACGAGGCAAAGGCACUGGUUCAAAAAUCAUGGAACGACGUUUUGUCCGUUAGUGGUUUUGAGGAUACUUCAUACGCUACCAUUUGUGGAUAUUUUGAUCAAACAAGCAAAUGGGAUACAUGUGCAAUAGCACAAUGCAAAGGAGAUAAGGCCGGGGAGGAGCAAGUUUUCUGUGUGUCUUGUCGGCGAUGGUACCAUAGAACCUGUUUACCUGGUAUUUUGGAUUUUGAUGCAUCGUAUUUUUGUUGCACAAUUCCUCAUUUAUCUGAAUAACUAAUUGAACCUUAUUUAAAAGUUACGUAAGGUUAUCUUUAUUGUAAAUUUUAAUGUUUUGAAUCUGGGUGCUAUUAAAUUUGCGUUAUAUUUGAAUAAUGGAUGAAGCUUUUUUUAUUGU